UAAACUUUACAUUUAAGAAUAUUUACAGCUUCAUCAUAAGCGCUAUUGCUUAAUUUACAAAUGGUCGCUGAAAUAAUGCUCGGAAGCAAUAAGAACUUUUCGCCUCUUUCUUCAGCUGUUUUUAACAUGUUUGAUUCUUUUUCAGAGGGCCUUACAAAUAAAUAAAGGAUGAAUAUCCAAGGGAGUUAAAGCUGAAACCGAGUAGUUACUCAUAUUACAAGAGUUAACUUUUCGUGCAUUGAAAAUCGAAAGAGGAAGUGUAAAUUGGAAAUUUUCCAAAUCACCGUUUUCCGUAAAAACAUAUCAGAAAAAUUGAUACAUUUCAAUUAAAAAAUGUUUCAGUCACCUGAAUAUUGCAAAACGUUGUCACUGAAAUUAUCUGAGGUACUAGAGGAUGUUGGUGUAAAUGAGAAAAUGGUGAUGAAAAGAAGAAGAAUGUUCAUGCUGAGGGAAAGUUUAGGAACGAUUACAUCCAGAUCAACUGGUUUAAAGAUAACAGUGUAUUAUCUUGGGAGUCAGUCUGAAUGUACCACUACUAUAGGACUUAAAUCAGAUAUUGACAUGGUACAUGUAGAUUAUAAUUAUAAUGUGAUACAGGACUGGUCAGAGUGGAAACAUAAUAAGAUCAAUCUUCUUAUGAUACAGGAUGAGAAUGUAACACCAGGGUAUUGUUUUUUACAAUUACUUCGAUCUGAUGAGCCACUUUUUGAGACAAACAUUCCUAAUGAACAUUACAUUAGAGAUAGCAUUGGGAGAAUAUUAUUAAGAAAUACAUUCCGAACAAGCAUUAUGCCAGAAAAUACUGAGAGACACGGGCCAUCAAAUGCUGUCUCCGGGGUAAAUGGAUACCGCGACAUUGACGUUGUAUUUGCUUUCCCUUGUAAUUCACAACUUCGAUCAGUAUCACAUUUCCUAGAAAGACCCGGUGUUAUGAGGUGGUUAUCAUCUGAAAGAAUCAGAUAUGCUGCUAGUUGUGAUUGUUUUGUUGUUGGUACUAGUAGCAAGAUUGCUAUUUAUCCAGAUUUCGAGUGGAGAAUAUCUACUUCUUUAGCAGAGAGAUGUUUGAUGUUCAAUCUAAAUAUUACGCAAUUACAAUGCUAUGUUUUAAUGAAAAUUAUUUUGAAAAAUUUUCUGAAUCCCCACACAGUGAAUGCUCUGUCAAGUUUUAUGUGCAAAACCGUUUUAUUGCAUUGUAUAGAAAAUACAGAACAAAACAUAUGGAAAAGGGACAAUCUUUUUACAUGUUUAUCAUACUGCUUGCUUGAACUUCAUAGCUAUGUUCAAAAUGAAAAUUGCCCGCAUUUCAUUAUUUCUGAUAACAACUUAAUGGCCGGACAAUUUACAGCUGAAGAGAAGCGAGACGUUUUACAGAAAUUAUGUGACAUAAUACAGAGCGAUGGGAGAUGUUUACUACGAAUAAGCAUUGAUGAUAUUAGCCAGAGACUACAAGUCAAACUGAGUACAAUUGUUCAUUUUGCGUGUUAUUUUCCAACCUCACUGGAAAUAUUUGAACAUUUUUCGUGUGAUCUUUACAUCAGCUUCAUGAUAGGGGUAAGCACUAGCCUAGUACUAAUGUUCUAUAAUUUGUCAAAUGACCACAUAUGUAAUUACAAACAAAUUAUCUUAAAGCUAACAUACUACAGUGUACAUGGAAAUAGACUGGAACAGCUUGCAAGUCGUUAUUUGGCACCAUUUCUUUGUUCUACACUAGGCCUAAUCAUGGCGUCAUCAAGUAUUGAACAGAAUAAUCCAGUUCAAUAUGAAGCACUAAAGUGGCUUACAUUGGGUUUGAACUCAGAUGUCACAUCUGGCAGACUUAAACUAGCUUCAUUUACUGUUUAGGUGAUAUGGCUAGAGCAGAGUUCAUACUGAGACAAACUGAAAGCCGAUCGACCUCUACUGUUGUUGAACCUGUAUGUGGCUGCUGGUCUCAUCCAAUGACAGAUCCGUGUGCUGAAUUUAAGAAAAAAAUGCAGUGAAGUAAGUGAAAAUUGCAACAAUACUAUUGCAUCACUUUGUGUCAGAUUUCUGCAGUCAGAAGUAUAUUGUGUUCCAAGAGAGUUACGAUAUGAAAUGAUGAGAUCUACACCAGAUGAUAUGCCACACAGAAGUCUAGAAGAAAGGCUAUGGAUGGACUAUGCUAUUGUUGAUUCCCUCCCUUUUCUCUACUUUUUACAGUACAAGACAUACGGUCAUCUACAAAGACACCAGGAUCAACAACGGGCACUUAGUAACCUUGUGAAGGUUAUCUUUACAGAAAGAAACUUUGGCCACAGGGAGACAACUCUCAACCUUCUCGGUCAAUGUAUGGAACAAGAGGACAAACCAAGGGGAGCAUUACACUGUUAUAUAUUCUCCCUUCAACAAAGAGAAAGAAAUAAUGCGGCAAAGUUUCAUAUGUGUAAUUUACUGAGUAAGUAUGUGUCAAACAUGUAGACGUUCAAAGUUCCCUUAACAGGUAAAAGGACUUGGCUUGAAUUAGACGUAAGAAAGUAUGUUGAUUGUGCAUUUAACCAAAAUGUAGUCUCUUGUUAUGUUGCCACAAACGUCCGGUAAAUUUGCAAUUAUAUCUUUGUAUUCUAGAACGCUAUUUUAACAAACAAACCAAAGUUGUAGUGUGAUCAUAAAAUCAUAAUAAGCUUAAUAUUAAAUUUUGUUAAAUACACGAAACAGUAUAAUAUAAUUUGUCCAAGGAUUAAAGUGAUGAAAAUACAAUAUCUUAGCAAUGUGUUUGGUGUUUUUGUUUUAGUUGUUUUUAUGCGUUUUAAAUCUGUGUAAGGAAUCGUGCAUCAUAUCAAGUAUGAUCGGGAACCCAGCCAGAGAACGCACAUGUAUAGCUUCCGUAAGCUUUCUGAACAGCUCUCUUAUGCGACAGAAUUUAAAGUGCAUGGCAGAAUAAAAAACCACAACUGUGAAGGCCAUGAUUUCAUGUCAAAGACCUCAGACACCCGCCCCCAGAAUUUUUGAAAUAGAACUAUUCACACAUAGGCUUCGGUUCAAGGAAAUCAAAUUGUGUGUCUGCUCGGAACAAUCGACCAAAGAAAUUGUACUAGAAAAUAACUGUUCAAUUUGAGCUGCAUAAAACAAAUGAAAAAAUUAUUCUUUAUUUCUGUCACAAUCAUAUACAAUGCACAUACAAUUAAAAAACAGUAUAUAAUGUAACUUACCAAAUUAGAAAUUGUGAUAGGGUUCUGUGGUUUUCUAUUCAGUAAAAACGUUAUAAAUACCUAUACAGUACAGAAAGAAUUUUGCAUGUUUCAUAACUUUGCAUGAAUGGCAUUCUUGAUAUUGUUGUGCUAAUGUAUUUCCUAAGUAAUAUUUUCAGAAUAAACUUUUUGAACCAGUUCUACUGUGCUCAUUACUUUAUAUUCGUUUUUAUCCUUCACUUAUAAAACUGACAAGUUUGAUAAAAACUAGAAUU